UUCAAAAAAAUAAAAAUUUAGAUUAAAUUCUCCGAGAUGUCUGCUCCGACUUGCGCAGUUCGAAAGCACCGUCCUGUUCUUCGCGAUCUUUAAUGAGGAAUGGAUCGAAAAAAUGUCACUCCUCAAGAUAACAACUCAUAUGGUCGUGAAUUUCAUUUCUUCGAAGGACAAACUGCUCGUAUCUUAGUGGAGUUUUUAGAGGUGGCCAUCAAUUGCAUUGUUUUCCUUAAAGGGUUCUAUCCAGCGGGAGCUUUUGAGAGGAGGAGGUAUAUGAACGUCGUGGUUCAAAAAGCUCGGCACCCGCAGUUGGACAACUACAUCCACUCUGCUACUUCUGAGCUGCUUCCGUUUAUCCAGAAGGUUGCUGGACUAAUUGAGAGGGUUGCAGUUAUUUUCUAUGAUAAAGAUCACAUUCCAGUCGAGCGAUUUGUGUUCAAACUCGUCAUCAGCCAACCAUACAGCUCUACAGUUGAGGAGAACGAUCUUCAGUUUGCUCUUAGGGCGUUCCUGUUGAAGUUGACAGUUUCUAAGCCCCUUACAAAAUCCCUUCCUCCUGGCAGCAGCUGGGAGAUUACCGCUUACUUUCGUGCCCUUCCUGAUGAAAAUAAUGACACCAAGGUGCAAAUGUGGGUUCCAACCGACACGAAACAAUGGCUGCAGCCUCCUUGCAUUAUACCAAUAAAGUCCAUGAGCAGUGAGCCUCUAAAAGUGCAGCUCUAUAUAGAACACCCCAGCCCAACCGAACUGAAGGAUCAAAAUAGAUAAAAAUGGCAGUGCAUGCGGAUGAGAUCAAGGAAAGGCAAAGCUUCCUAAUGUUGUAGGCGCCUUCUAACUUCCCUUUAUAGUCGCUUUUCACUAGAUGCAUCAAAGAGUAUCCAUUUAGCAGUUUUUCUGUUGUUUAUAUGGAGGUUUUGUUUAAUUUGACAAGCAUAAGGUAACUCUUACUAUGCUUAUUACGAGUCUUCUAAAUUGCAUUAUUUCUCUCAAGAUUUAAUGUAUUAUCUGGUAAAGCUGAUCCUU